AUGGGAGCAGGGAAGAGUACGGUAGUUAAAGUGAAUUUCAAUCAUUCCGAUUCAUUUUAUUAUGCUGGUGAAAAAGUAACUGGAACUGUUUCAUUUCAUAAUCCUGAGAAAAAAUUAACUUUAACUAAUGUUUCACUUGGAUUUAUUGGUGAAGUUGGCUAUACAGGAGAAAAAAGGCAUCAUUCUCGCGAUGGUAUGGGUAAUAUACACGAAGAACAUCGUACAGGUCAACAUCAGGUUCCAUUUAUCAAUAUUCGUAUUCAAUUUACUCAGUCGAAAGCUAAUGAGAAUAAAAUAUCUCUUGAACCUGGUCAAUAUUCAUGGCCAUUUGAAUUUACUAUUCCUCAGAAUUUACCACCAUCAGCAGGCUCAUUACCAGGCUCAUAUCCUUAUAUAAAAUAUUAUGUACGUAUUACUGGUGACCAACCAUGGUAUAAAUCAAGUCAAAAAGAAACUUAUCCAUUGACAAUUUUUCCAAAUGUUAAUAUUUUUAAUAAUGAAGAGAGACAAUCUAUUGUUGUGUCUCAUCGACAUCGAAACCAUAUACAUUUUGACGCUUGUUUAAGUCCUCAAAGUAUUUUACCUGGUGAAGAGUUUUCUCUUGAUAUUGAUCUUAAGAAUCAUAAACGAUUAAAAAUAAAAGGAAUUGAAGCAAUAUUAAUUCAACAUCGAGAAAUUGAUCAAAAUCAUCAUGCUGAAGCUAUUUUUAAAAUGGAUUUACCCUUUCCAGAAAAUUUUUCGGACACAGAACUUCAUGAAAAUUUUAAUAUACGUAUGCCUUCUGAACAUAUACCACCUACAUAUUAUUAUAUGAUAUCAUCUUCUGAUUUAUCAAUUCGUACUAAUAUUCAUUAUGAACUAAAAUUGGAAGUAAAAGUUCAUGAAGGGCAUCAUCAUAUGAAUUUAAUCAUUCCAGUUAUUAUCGGAACAGAAUCAUCCUUAUAUCAAUCUCAACUGGGAGCAAUCAGUUAUAAUAAAAUGCCAAUAAGUUAUACAACAGUUGUGAAAGAAACGGAUGCAUCGCCUGUUUAUGAAUUGGAGGUUGAAAAUCUGAGAUUAUAA